AUGGCUAGGAGAAUCGCCACCUUCCUCAAAGAUGCCUGGGCCAAGGAGCCGGUGCUGGUCCUGUCUUUCUCCAUCACAGGCCUCGCUGUCAUCCUGCAUCCCCCAAAUCCCUACACCAAGUACACUGCCAUGACCAAGCAGGUGACACCCUACAACUACCCAGUGCCCAUCGAAGACAAUGGGAACAUGCCAGAUGUGCCCAGUCACCCCCAGGACCCCUAG